AUGUCUUCUCGUUCAAGAACGAGAACAAUAGCUCCAAGAUCAGCGAGAGGCCACAGAAAUGUCAGAUUCUCUUCUUCAUCGGCUGAGAUUGUGGCAGAUCUCGACGAUGUCUUGCUUCAGAUUCUCUCAUUCCUUCCAGUCAAAACUCUUCUAAGAUCCAAACGCGUAUCAAAACGCUGGCUUUCGCUCAUCACAAAUCCCGAUUUCUCCAACCGUUUCAUCAAGUCCAAGCAUCCCCUUCCCAUCUCUGGCUUUUUCUUGCAGGGAACAAGAGGCACCGAGUACAGAUUUGUCUCUUUAGAUGAUGAUGAUGUGGCAAGUAACGAACGGGUUUCGUUAUCGUUACCGCUUCGGUUUGCAGAUCAUCCAGCUGGAAUGAUCAUAAUGCAAUCAACCAACGGUCUUCUCCUCUGCAAAUGCUCUUGUUCUUCACAACAAUUUAACACAAAUUACUACGUUUACAAUCCUGUAACGAAACAGAACACUCUUCUCUGUCAUCGGUGUUGUGAAAGAAGAGAUUGA